AUUAGCUGAUAAUUACUGGCCAAAUUAAUCUAUAUGGUUUGCAUCCGUAUGUAAAUGCCAAAACGAAUGUACACAAGUUUGUUCGAACUUGUUGUCCGUUAAAUGUGUUAUAAUUAAUCACAUUCUUAUAUAUAUAGAAAUAAAACACUCGUUCCUUGAACGAGACGUUAGCAAGAGUACAUAUUCCGUUUUACUACUUAUGCAUAAGAAUACGAAUUUUCUUUAAUUUAUGAAAACAUUGUCUUAAAAAAAUUAAAUGCAUGAUUCGGUCAGUGACAUAUGAAGCACUCGUGCAUGCACUAAGGAAAUCGGAAAUUGGCUGCUAGAAUUAUAUAUAUUUGGUGAAAAAAUGCUGCGUCGACAUGCCUCGGAUAAAUAGUAAGCAUUCGUGCAUGCACUAAGUUCAGAAAUUGGCUGCUAGAAUUAUAUAUAUUUGGUGAAAAGAUACUGCGUCGACAUGCCUCGGAUAAAUAGUAUUAUUAUGAUAUCGAAAGUAAUUAUCAGGACAGUGGAGAAUAGUCUCACGGACAAUUAAAACGUGAUUCUCACAUAUAUAGUCACAUAUAUGCUAUUCAGAAACGAACUAGCCCCACCAUUAGGGCUCUUUUCCAUGUCUUUCGUAUGCUGAUUUGUUACUUAAAAAGCAGACUAAGUGAAUCAAAAACUGUUAAAAUGUAACGUUAAAGAUAGGUUUGGUAUGCAUACACUGAGAUGUCGGAUCCACAUCAAUCAUUUGCGUGAGAAAAACCGCUUAAACUAUCACCUGAUCAGUCAUCACCAGCUGACGUAUCUUCUAGUAUUCAUUCUAAUGAGACAACAAAAAAAUUGGUAACAGAGUAAAGGCAUAGAUUAGGAAAGUAAAUAUAAGAACUUCUUUUUAUCGAAUAUUAAACAUUUGAUUUAAAGUUAUAGAAGGAGAAGAAUUGAGGUAAUGGUAUAAGUGUGUCCCACAAGAUCUAGAUUCUCCAUACGACAGAGACAGACUUUAUUUUACCCUACCCUCUACUUUUAACUAUACAUUCAAGUGUGUCGCCUUUCAAGGUUCUCCCCAAUCCUCCAUUGUGUUUUUAAAAAAUUUAGGUCACUAUCGAGAAUAUAAACCAAAUAAAAAAGUGUUACUUUAUAAAUGGUUUCUCUAAUAUUUUAACAAGGAUGUGUCUUGUCUAAAAUAGUGAUUGUGCUUUUUGAUUAAUCAUCUUAUUCUUUUUGAUCUUCCAAUUAUUUGAUCUUCUCUUUAACAGUUGAUUUAUCUAAUAUAUUUCUUUCCAUCAACUGAUUUUCCUGUCUUGUAAAUUCACAUAAUUACAUUUUAAACAUUGUACAAAUUUUAAAUAAAAAGUAAUUUAAAUUCCUAGGAAAAUAAAAAUAUUCAGAUUAACAUUUUUAAAAUUUUAGGCUAGAACGCAUGAUGUAAAAUGCACCAUUUCCAGGCUUGAAAAAUAGGCGUUAAAAUUAAAUUCUAACCAAAGGAAUGUAUCAACAAAAAAAAAUGUCUAAAUGGAAAAUUUAGAAUCUUUUAGUUUUUAAAAACAAAUUAAUUGCUCCUCCUGCAUGUAUGACUAUAAAUAUAGAGCCCCUGCACACUAUCUAUCUCAUAGUUAAACACCAACGCAAUCGCUCUACUCUCUCUCUCUCUCUCUACACAUAACAAAAACUAGCUAGAACUCUUUUUGUGAGACCAUGUCAGGCGUUUGGGUGUUCAAAAACGGAGUAAUACGUCUAGUAGAAAACCCAAACCAGUCCGGUGGAGUGACGCACGGCCGGAGGAAUGUCUUGGUUUACUUGCCGACCGGUGAAGUAGUCUCCUCUUACUCGUCACUAGAACAGAUCCUAAUGAGUCUCGGCUGGGAGAGAUACUUCAGUGGAGACUCUGAUCUCAUCCAAUACCACAAACGUUCCUCCAUCGAUCUCAUCUCCUUACCAAGAGACUUCUCCAAGUUCAACUCCGUUUACAUGUACGACAUCGUCAUCAAGAACCCUAACACCUUCCACGUCCGUGAUUUCCACUGAAAUCUACGUAUUUUAAUUCUCGACCAAUCGGUUUAGUUUGCGUUUGUUUCGUUCCAACCGAGAAGUUCCAGACAUAUAUAAACUCAUAUGGAAUCUGAAGUAAUCAUGUCAAAUUACGUACGGGUCAAAAGAGAAGAUGUGUGAGCUUCGAGAAACAAAGCGAUGGGUAUUGGAAUAUCAUCACUUAGUUUGUGUUUAUAUGUUAAUGUAUGUGCUUAAUUGUUGUGAAUGGUUUUACUUAUUGGUCCAAGUUUGUUGCAUAUGCAUAUAUAUGGUUCUGUCUUCAUCUAGGCGAGGCUUUGUGUGGACGUUUAAGAGUAGUGUUGUCAAAAGGUGGCACAUUACUUGUAGCCGUCGUUGAUUAGUUUGUUUUGUAGCUUCGAAAUUGUGGUGCAAUCGAUGUAAGUUGUGUUAUAUAUUAUUAUAUAUAUAUAUAUAUAUAUUCGAUUCUCGUAGCU